GGAAGGAAGUUUUUCUUAAAUCCAGAAAAUUUGUGAUAUCCAAAAUCAGGAAUCAAGAAAUAGAGAGAAGUACAAGUAGGAAAUGGGGAUAUAUUUGCGAAAACCAAUAGGAUCGAGUAAUGGCAAAUUACUUGAACAACUGCUUCGUCAAUAAAGUCAGGUUCAAGUCUGACCUUCUUGAACCCAAGCUAACCAGUCAAAGACCCAACUCAGAUCUCGGCCUAUAUCUCCGUGUCUCUACUCCUAAUUACUACACUCUCUCCGCCGGUAUCGUUAGUUGUCUCGGUGUCAGAUUCCGGCCGCCGAAAUCCCGAACUGUUCGCUGCAAGCUGACGACGGCAUCCAUGUUCGCGGGAAACACGGUCGCCCGCGAUAUCUGCGCCACCGCGUUUUCCGGUGGCGUCGCUCUCUCCGUGCUCCGAUUUUGGGAGGAAACCGCCAAACGAGGGCUCUUAGACCAGAAACUAAAUAGGAAGCUUGUGCAUAUAAGCAUUGGACUAAUUUUCAUGCUUUGCUGGCCACUCUUCAGUUCUGGUCGUCAGGGAGCGGUUCUAGCAGCUCUUAUUCCAGGCAUCAAUAUAAUAAAAAUGCUUCUUUUGGGACUUGGAAUAUGGAAAGAUGAGGCCACUGUCAAGUCAAUGAGCAGAUUUGGAGACUACAGGGAACUACUCAAGGGACCACUGUACUAUGCUUGCACUAUCACUUUGGCAUGUGUCAUGUAUUGGAGAACCUCCCCUAUUGCAAUUGCAGCAAUUUGCAACCUCUGUGCUGGAGAUGGUUUAGCUGACAUUGUAGGAAGGCAAUUUGGCAGUCUGAAAAUUCCCUACAACAGAAACAAAUCCUUUGCUGGUAGCAUUGCGAUGGCAGCUGCAGGAUUCAUCACGUCUAUCGGGUUCAUGUACUAUUUCUCUAUGUUGGGCUACAUUCAGGGGUGUUGGGAAAUGGUAUUGGGUUUCUUGCUCGUAUCUCUUGUCGCGGCACUGGUUGAAUCCCAUCCUUUAAGCACCGAGCUUGAUGACAACCUGACAGUUCCCGUUGCUUCUAUGUUGGUGGGCAGUGUUGUAUUCUGAUGCCAGGCAUUUUCAUAUAAUUGUGGCCAAAGUUGAACAUUAAACAGGGAUGAAGUUCCCUUGGUGACCUUUUGACCAACUCAGAGGUGAAUUAGUAGGCAUCCACUUUGUACUUAUAAAAUUAUGUACUACAUUCGAUUAACAACAGUUUCCUUGUAACAGUAUUUGGAUCAAAAUGUUAUGUUCUUAGAAUAUGUUAAAUCUGGUUUAUUUAAAUGCUGGAGUUGAAUUUAUUUUGUUUA